CCUGGCUUUCGCUGCGGACGGAGUGCGGCGAACAUGGCUGCAGACAGUCGCGGCGGCGCGGCGUGCAGCCGGGCUGGCGGCCCGCAGGACCUGGCCCGGGGCGCCGGCCGCUGCCCCUUCCCGGAGUACGAGCUUCCCGAGCUGAGCACUUGCGUGCGUUGACAAACUGAAAUGCCUUGAGGAAGGUGAAGACCCAGAAGUCAUCCCAGAGGAUACUGAACUGGUGACUUUGAGGGCUAGAAAAAGUUUCUUGGAACAUCGUGAAGAAACCAUAACAAUAGAUCGUGCCUGCAGACAAGAAACAUUUGCGUAUGAGAUGGAGUCACAUGCACUGGGGAAAAAGCCUGAAAAUCCAGUAGACAUGAUUGAAGAGGGGGAGCUUAUCCUGUCUGUGAAUAUCUUGUACCCCAUUAUAUUUCAUAAGCAUAAAGAACAUAAACCAUUCCAGACGAUGCUGGUUUUGGGGAGGCAGAAGCUCACAGAGCUGAGGGAUGCCAUUUGCUGUGUCAGCGACCUCCAGAUCGGUGGUGAAUUCAGCAACACUCCUGACCAAGCUCCCGAGCACAUCAGCAAAGACCUAUACAAAUCUGCCUUCUUUUAUUUUGAAGGAACAUUUUACAAUGAUAAAAGAUACCCAGAGUGCAGAGAUUUGAGCAGAACUAUCAUUGAGUGGUCAGAGUCUCACGAUAGAGGCUAUGGAAAGUUUCAGACAGCUAGAAUGGAAGAUUUCACCUUCAAUGACCUGAACAUUAAACUGGGUUUUCCUUAUUUGUACUGUCACCAGGGAGACUGUGAACAUGUUGUUGUCAUUACAGACAUAAGGCUUGUGCAUCAUGAUGACUGCUUGGAUAGAACACUUUAUCCUCUUCUCACCAAGAAACACUGGCUGUGGACCAGAAAAUGCUUUGUUUGUAAAAUGUAUACAGCUAGAUGGGUGACGAACAAUGACAGUUUUGCACCAGAGGACCCAUGUUUCUUUUGUGACGUUUGCUUCCGAAUGCUCCAUUAUGAUUCAGAAGGCAACAAACUAGGGGAAUUCCUUGCUUAUCCUUAUGUUGAUCCUGGAACCUUUAAUUAAAAAAAGGUCCAAUGAUUCAUAAGUAUUUUAAAUUCUAUAGUAUUUAUUCAUUUAUUUUUACUUGCUUUUUACUCAUUUUAAGUGGGUUAACCCACUUAAUGAAAUAUAGAAGUCGUUUUAUAUAUUGAUUCUGAUUCUAUAUCUUAAGUGAUUUUUGCUAAUGACAGAAUUCAAUUCAUGACAUCACGUGGUGGUAAAAGUUUUGAAAAUAUGUUUGAAGAAUGAGAACUACACCUACCAGGACGUUUCCAAGGUAAAAGAUUCUUCAAAUGGCGGUAGUAAAAAGUUAGGGAGAAUACAUAAACAAGACAAAAUAAUUUCAUAAGUAAUGUAAGAUAGCUGUUGUAUAAUUUAAUUGCAUAGUGAAGAUCUUUCAUGAUUUAGGUUUUGGUUUGAUAGAAAGUAGGCAUACAAGACAUUCUUAAUGUAGGAAGACCUUAAGUAUAGACCCCUACUGCCAUUCACCAAAGUAUUACUUAACAUGAAGCCUCACUUGACCAACUUUUUAUGUAUCACAUGUACCAAAUUUAAAAUGUCAAUAUAGUAUGAUUAAAAGAAAACCUCUGGGUCACUUAUUUCUGGGGCAUUAAACUGUUGAGUAUGUAACAUUAUUCUGUAAGCACAGAAGGAAGUGCUCUUCGCUGGCCCGGCUCCUCUGUUCUUCCAGUCCUUUUACCAUAAUUCUAGUUACACUCUUCUGAGCCAGAGAAAAACGAAACUUUUAAUUUUUAGUACAUUUCCUUAUGGAAAUACUUUCAGGAAACCUUACUUGAUACUGUAAUGCUGUUUAAUUUGGGGGGCAGGGUGUUGCUCUGUAGUUGAGCACCUUGAAGUUACAGUAGUCCUCUUUCUCCGUCUUGCAAGUGCUGGGAUUUCAGGUGCGCAUCAUGCCUGGCUGUUUGUUUUUAAGCAUGCUAUAAAAUAUAUUUAAAGUUUCAUUCUCUCUCCUAGGUUAUUUUUGAAAUUCAACUGAAUUCCAUAUUUCUCUGGAUGGCUAAGAACACUUACCAUAUAAAUAAAAACUCAUGAAGCCUGUAA